AUGGACUCGAGCUCCACGCCUCCGCCAACGGAAAUAGCUGGAAGCACACUAUGCUCACGAUGUCAAGAUAUUCCCUUCGAAUCUCUCUUCACCGGCGUACAACUUGGCAGUCUAGACCAAAGUGAGCAGCUGGGGCCGGCAACCCAGCUGUAUUUACUGAAUCAAACCAUCGAAUUCGGUCCAUUAGCGGAAUUAUGGCGACAGGAUCACUGCGCAUUCUGCAAACUUCUGAGGCACACGUUCGAAGCCCAUUACGGCAAAAGCUACAUCGAGACGAAGCUUGGAGACGGAGCUAUCAUGCAAAUCAUGCGGACGCCGUUAGAUCUCAAUUAUGAUUGUUAUACGGCUGUAGACCGGGAGCGCGUUGCUUUCUGUCUUGAAUUUGGCGUCACGGGCACUGUUCUUAGGAGAGCGGGGAAGGAGACUGGUGAUGAGUUUGCUCAAGAGUGGGUGCUACCAAAAGUGCAGUUGGUACUCCCUGACCGCGAUUCAAACCAACGCCCGCUCUUUGGCCGCGCCGUCGACCAUGAAUCUAUUGAUUGGGGCCAUCUCAAACGAUGGCUCAAGGCUUGUGACUGUAGACACGGUCAGGGGAGCUCUGAGGAAGGUAGUAAUGCAAGAUUAUCGAUGCCACAUGGGAAUAUACAAUUGUUCGCCAUCGAUGUGGACCGUAGCUGCGUCGUACAGCUUCCCCAGAAUUCAGAAUACAUCGCCCUGAGUUACAUGUGGGGCAAGGACCAGCGAGUCAAGCUCAAGAAAGCGAACGCAGAAAUGCUAGCUACACCAGGAUUCUUCAACAGCCCAGAUGGUCGGCCGUCAAAAACGAUUGCAGAUGCCAUGGAAGUAACCAGUCUGCUGGGCUGCAGGUACCUCUGGGUUGAUGCUCUAUGCAUCAUACAAGACGACGAGAUAAACCUUCAGGCUAAUAUCAAUAACAUGGAUCAAGUUUACGCAGACGCAUGGAUCACCAUCGUCGCUGCUGCUGGUGUAGAUGCUGAUGCUGGACUUCCCGGGGUGGGUGUUGGCAAUCCACGUACUGAGCGGCAGAUGGUGGCUAAUAUUCGCGGUCUUGUCAUGGCGAAUAUGUUGCAAGGUGAUGUCGAUACGAUCAACUUCUCAAGGUGGAAUACGAGAGCAUGGACAUAUCAAGAGCGAUUGCUCUCUCGAAGGUUGCUGACCUUCACGCGGUGUCAAGUCUACUACACCUGCGACCAAGAUUGUAAUUUCAGAGAAGAUCUUCAUGUGGCAGACGGCUCGGCAUCAUUAACGAUGGUGGAUCCGAGAUACCAGCUUGAGUUGGAGAAUAUGGAUUUGUUCGAGGUCUACGCAACGGCAGUUGCGGAGUACACAAAACGCUCUCUAACCGAUCCAUCAGACAAGUUGAAGGCGAUGAAUGGACUCUUCAAUCUUCUGGCGGACCCGUUCCAAGGGCCGUUUUUCUUCGGCCUUCCGGCUACUGUGAUGGAUGUCGGAUUGCUAUGGUUGCCAGCCGGUGCCUGCAGCCGUGACAGUAAGAAGUUUCCUAGCUGGUCUUGGGCUGGCUGGAAUGGGCCGGUGAGGUAUGCAUCGAAAGAUAGCAUGGGUAAUCUGUGCGAGUGCACCGUUAGUCAAGCUACCUUAGAGUCCUCGGACAACGUGCGUUUAUGCACCAAUAUGAAGUCUCCAGAGCGAAGCUCUGCUUCCGUAGUAGACAUUGACGGAAAGUGGAAGCGUUGUUUUGACGAGGAAAUGGCAACAAUAUAUUACAAGAGUUCUGAUCCAGAACGACGGCAAUAUCAAUAUCCACGGCCACUCAUUGCUAUUGGGGUGAAUGAUCGCCGACUGCUAGCUCAAGAAGCAACAGGCGUCCUGAAGAUUCAUGCCAUGACCGCCAGCUUUCUGAUAACAGAGAAACAUAGCAAUGGAUAUGUGGUAUUCUUAGCCUGCAGUAAAGGGCGGCAUGAACAGUGCCAUCUAGCAGUGUUCGAUGAAGACGGCCGAGCAGUGGGUGCAAUUUUUGUCGACAGCCGCAUUGUGCCUCAGCUAAAAAGUAAAAAACAUAAGUUCCUGGCGCUGUCUCGUUCCACGCUCGGUCGGACUGAUAUCGACCCGUCAUGGGACGAAGAAGAGCAGUAUUUUCGUUCCUGGAGUGAUGUUGCGAGUGGUGUUCCACAUGCUGGACCAAAGGACGUCGAAGGUGACUUGAUAAGUGCUAGUGGAAAGGUUGUCAACGGCAAAGAGUGUUUUGACACUAAGAGUUUCUCUCCUGAUCUCUUCUGGCCCCUCUUCAAUGUUUUGCUACUGUCCGAGCCCGAAAAUGGUACUGUGGAAAGACUUGGGAUUGGUCAGAUACAUGUCGAUGCCUUCUCUUCGGUGGCUGAACAAGAAUGUAUCUUUCUGUGUUGA